AUACAAAUCCCGCACAAUCAAUUCAAAUUACUACACAGGUUUUAAUUAAUUAAUUAUUUAAUUAAUUCGAUCUGAUAUACCUAAUUUUCUACCAUUGAUCAGCCAUGGCUUCUUCUCUGAUCAGCAGCAGCAGCAGCAGUUUCUAUCAAUUCCCAGUUAUCAUCCAUGGCGGCAGCACCCUAACCCUAAAUCUGAACACUUUUAUUCACCUCGCAGUUCUGAUUGUCGGAUUGAUUUUUUCAUGGAAGAACACGAAAUCCAGCAGCUUCUUCUUCUUUCUGUCCAGGGAAUUCCAGAGAUUUGCCAAUUUUGAGCCAUCUGUGAAAGUAGAGAAGAAGAAGAGAUCGUCGUCGUCGUCGUCGUCGACGUUGUCCGCCGAUAAUCAUCAAUUGAGCGCGGCGUGCAAGAGCGGCGACAUGGAAAUAGUGCUGAAAAGCUUGGGGAUGGUCUCCAAUGGCGGAGAGGGAUUUUGCAGCAGGAUGGAUGCAGAUGACCUCUUUGCCAUGUUCGAGGAGAGGAAUCCAUCUCUGGAGGAAGUGAAGGCAGCGUUCGAGGUUUUCGAUGGAAAUCGUGACGGAUUCAUCGAUGCAGAAGAUCUCCAGAAAGUUCUGUGCAGUUUGGGGUUGAAGGAAGGGUCGGAAAUGGAGAAUUGCAGAAGAAUGAUUAGGGUUUUCGAUGAAGACGAAGAUGGAAAAUUGGAUUUCCAAAACUUUGUCAACUUCAUGGAGAAUACUUACAAUUAGUUAAUUAGUUAAUUAUUUUUAUUUUUAUUUUUGGUUCCUUAAUUUGGUGUGGAACACUUCACCUCAUCUUGUAUGAUAAUUUUUGGUGGGGAAUCAUUACUAUUGGGAAUAUAAUUGCCAAAAGUAUUUUGGACAAUUGAUGUUAUUUAGAUAAAAUAAUUUUUAUUAUUUAUUUGGUAUUGAGUGAACAAAAAAAAUAAAAUAUAUGGGUGUGUUUGUCUUA